GUUGAAAGUUCAAAGGUCACAUAAAGCUUUCAUCGCUUGGAAUCGAAGUACUUCAGAAAGUGGCGACAUUUUGAACAGAAGAGAAGUUUGCCACAUAUACUGUACCGUCUUCUUCAACUGAAAUAGAUGUCGCAGAUGAACGCAAUGCAAUUAUGAAAGUUACGAGACGCACAGAGUCUUAGAAACAUCACUCAUCUCAAGAUGCAGCAUGAUUCGGAUCAUGAUGGACACAUUGAUAUGUUCUCCCAUUCAACCACUAAAUACGGUGAACAUAAAGAACAUAUCGAUUUGAAACAGUUCCCAUCACAUCCACACUACUCAGCUGCCGACCAUAUCGAUAAUAAUUCGUUCAGCGCUAGUAGCAGCAGCAACAUCACCCAGCCGACGCCAGACCUCAGCAAAUCCUCACAUCAUCGAAGUCUCCAUCGGUCACUGAAAAUGAAUAACAGAAUUUUGGGGAGACGGCGACCAUUUCAGUGUAGGUACUGCAGUUUCACUUGUCCGUCUGCGACAAACUUAUCCAUCCACAUGCGUAUACACACUGGAGAGAAGCCCUACAAAUGUGGGACAUGCUCAUACGCCUCGGCAAGAAAACAAAAUCUCUUCCGGCACAUCACAACAGUCCACAAGUCUGAUCCUGUCGAGGCUAGUGCUUCUUUGCAUAGUGCAUACCCCAUUGGGCUACAACCUACUCUAGAUGAUGGACUGCCGAUUGUCGAGAAUGUCUACGGCAAUGUCCAAGAUGUGGUGUUCGUCGACGGAGAGUCGGUCAAGGUGAUCGGAAGAGACCAGAGUCAAUACCCGACGUCAGAACUCUCUCCUACUACUCCACAUAUCAGUCAAGUCUUUUCAUGUGACAGUCAGGCCAGCAGUAGCAGUAGCCAGCAACCCGAUGUUGUUGAUGUUACACCAGUUACCAAUCCCACUUCUGCAACCGAGUUCUCAACAAGACAUUAUGCCGAUGGAAGUAGAUUCAUAUUCGCUAGUGGAAAUGCAGCAACAACCAUCAAUACUAAAAUAUCCCAAUCAAGCGUGCUAGACCCUCAGUUUAAUGCAAAUAGUGAGAUUGUUCCACAACAUACGCAAAGUGGAGCCGUGAAUAAUGGUGCUCAGCAACUCCAACAAGCUUCAUCCCAAAUUGCAAUCUCAACUAAGAAAACUGAAGCGCCAAUCCAGACAACGGUGUAUAAAGAACCAAUAACUGGAGCUAUGAAAAGAAAACAGGGGAAAAGCUCAAGCCAUACAACCCUAAAGAAUAUCCUAGACGGCCCGAUGAUACUCCAAAAUAAAAAUACGGGUAAUUCCACAAUUGCAUCUUCAAGCGUUGGCAGUUUCCGUCCAUUAGAGACAAUGAACAGCAGCAUGAAGAUAAUUCAGAGUGAGGAAGAUUUGGAAGACGUUCUCGAAGGGAGACAGAAAAGUUUCCGGAGUCCUUCUUCCAUCGCCUCAAAUAAACAGCAGUCUGAGUUUCCUCAAAGUGCAAGAAAAACUGGAUCAGUCAUAGACACUGGUUUCUUGUCAUUCCCCAGAGAAAGCCCAGAUGGUGUAUACACACCAGAGACGAGUCGUAAAGUCCGGACGCCAGACACGUUACCUCAACAAACUCACAUCGCAACCUCACAAACGAGAAUCUUCCGCCGUAAUCAGUUUCCUAUCAUGAAUUCAUCGCCGAUGAGAAUAGCAAAAGAAAAAUCCAUCAAAAACCCUGAGUCAGCAGGUUCCACUUUAAUCAAACAAACUGCCAAACGCCCAAUCAUUACCAAUGUUACGAAUAGAAAAAUUAUGACGCCACAAUCUUCGGAAAACCAGCGAAAAGUGAACUUUCAGAAUUUCUAUAAGGGUCCAACAGUGAAAGAACGUAAUGUGUCUGCCGUCCCUGUGGGGAAAGAUCUCCAAGAUAGAAAACGUAGUCCGGUGGUUCAUUUAGAAAACGAUCAAAGUUUUAUGCAGGAAAGUUCCAGACAGAUGACGUCUAGGAGGUAUAAUAGAGGAUCCCUAACAGUACAAGUUGAUCUGAGCAAACUCAUGUGUUGCGCAGCUAGGAAGCUGUUGCAGGCCCACCUAGAAGAAUGUGACGUUUGCGAAAUUAAUCUACCAUUUGAAAAUGAAGAGAGACAGGUUGGUUGCAGGGGACAACCAGGAUGUAGUCCCAGAUUUGUAGGAAAGCACGAAAACGAUGACAUCUUCGGUAGGAAAGGAAAUUCCUCACAGGAUAGUCAAAAUCAGAGAUACUCUAACAAACAGCAAGCUGGUGCUAAUCGUACCACAAAUGUAGAGCAAGUAGUAACAAUAGAUACCGACGAUGAAAUGGAUCUCUCGGACUUGAGUAACUCUAGAAACUCCAUCCAUGAACCAAGAUCUGUUCAAGUCAGUCCAGGCGUGGGUCACCUAGUCUUAGAACAAAAUGUUGCAAAAGAGUCCAGUAAAUAUGGACCCUUAUCCAGCCACAGAAGGCCAUGUUCUCCGCCCACUACGGAGCCCAGUGCGGUAGCUAAUACAUCCUUAGUAGGCUCUCCCAGCAUUCCGAUCACAUCGCCAUACGUCCAACCCAGAGCACCUCAAUCUACUCCCGAGCACUCGGCCGAGCAACUGCGAUCCAAACGAAGCGCCGAGAUACUUGCCUACAUGAACGCCGAACUGCAGCAGGGAAUGAAACGUAAACAACCCAGAAAAUGCGAUCUCUGCGGGAAAGUGUUCCACACGAAAGCUCAGCUGCGAAACCACCGCCGCGUACAUAUUGAAACGCGACAGCUUUUCCGAUGCACCAUUUGCCGUUACUGUACUGUGCAUUAUAAGUUCUUGAAACGCCAUAUCACGGAGAAGCAUGUUGGAAGGAAGCCGAACACAACUCAAGGCAAUUUCUGCAAGGAGUCAACCAAAACGGGUGAGAUGGCUUCUCAACUGGAGGUGGUUCACACUGACGAAGGUGAAGGGAGAAAACAAGACGAAGCCCCCUCUAGAGAUUCAAGUCUUUCAUUGGAUGAGAACAACCAAUCACCAGAAAAACAAUGCAAGCAUCAAGAUAUGAUUCCUGUAGACACAGAUGACUGCACGACGGUUGAUACUGAUGUGGUGACGUUAAAAGAAACUGAGGGUUCUACAUCGCAAAUCCCGGCCGUGGGUGACGAAGAAAAUGCUGUAAUCCUUGCCAUGGAAGUCAAACAAGAAGAAAUUACAGAAGUAUGAACUUUGUGAUAAUAUAACAGUUUUAUUCCCUCUAAUGGGAGAGUACGAGCCGCCAUAUGCAAAUAUCUAUCUUUUUCACACUACUCUUUUCCCCGGGGGCAACCCUUUCACACUUGGAUCACUUCAUUCCUGAUCCACCAUUUUCCCUUAAAGGGAAGGUACGCGUUUGGUAGUUACUCAAAACAAAUAUUAACUUAAAAACUGACUUGGUAACGAG